GUUUUCAACACCAACAAUAGAACACUCCCAACCUGGCCAUCCUCACUCCCAAGUUACCUCUAAUAGACACAUAAGAUGCCGCCUCCAAUGUCCCGGUCGCUACUCACAUCAACAUUCCAUCUCCGCCGGCCAGUCCCAUCCUUGCCAUCGAGUACAAUCAGCAUAUCAUCCUCGUCAUAUACCUCCUCCUCGUUACUAUUACCGCGUCCGCAACAGAGAAGAUGGGCUCGUGUGCAAGAUGUGCGGUUUGUGACAACACAGCGAGCGCAGGACCAGGUGUUGGAAAGAUAUAAAGCCAAAUUAGAGGAGAAGGCUAAACGAGAGGGACAUGACUCGGUCUCAAGUUUGAAAGAGUCUUAUAAAGACAAGAUUGAAGAAACGAAGAAGAAGGCUUCUGUACUCGCAGGUCCGGCGACAUCUGAUACCUCGGAAGCAUCCAGUCAAUCCACUGCCACCAAACCCACUGCCUCGUCGUUUACACAACCAGCUCCUCCACCUCCCACACCACAGGAUGCCUCUGCAAAAUCUACGUCAUCUAAACCAAAUUCUGCAGCUCCUGGUAUCAAGCCUCUUUCGUCCUAUCUAGAUCUCGAAAAAGUGGCAGCACUCCCUAAUAAAGAGGUGGAAUACAUUUGGCGGUUACGACAUGCCAACGACUCCAAGUCUCUUUGCGCUGUCAUUCCCCUCGAGACAUACAACCGCAUCUAUCAAACUGCACGCAGCCACCCUCAAUUUGUGCUUCCGCUACCGCGUCCAGCCGCCGAUGAUGGAAGUGGCGACGUCAAGCAGUCUGCCGAUGGGUUCGAAGGGGGCGAAAGGUCGGCAGCCGACAUUCACUUCCUGCAGUGGGGCUUUCAUCCGCCGGCGGGUGCGCCUCCGAGCCCGCAUGUAAAAACGGCCAACACCCACACAAGUACCGUUCUUUUCACGCAUUUGGCGGCAUUCAAGCUUCACGGAGCUUAUGCACAGCCUCAUACCACCAUCACACAUCAUCUCGACCUUGCGGAUUCCCAUGGUCUGGUAUUGCUGAACGGGGGUGUCAUGGAAGGCAGAGGUGUCAGUGUCGAAGAAGGCCGAUGGCUUUUGAUGUGUUUGCAAAAGUUUUAUGACCAUGGUGGUCACGGUGGCGGCGUCGGUAAAGAAAAGAGACAAGGUCUCUUGCAACAAUUCAGCAACGGCGACGAGAGAUUUAACUUGGAAGAGUUGGUCGACGAAGCUGAGAGAAUUUCGUGAGACAAAUAGAAAGGAAAGUGCCUCAAGCCCAUAGUUCUUCCGGGUCAACGUCAACCGGUGCUUUCUUCUCAGCACCUCUGUCCGAACCUAGGACCUCGUACACCAAGAAAUCCCAGAUUGCAUCAAAAUACCCCGGUUCGGCAACGGUGGAAUUGUGGUCACCGCUCGGAAACUCUUUCCAGGUCUUUUUGGUCGGGCACAGAUCAUGGAGAUCUUUCAUCAUUGACGCGGGGACAAUCUCGUCUCGACCACCAGAGAGAAAUAGAAUAGGUACGUCUUUGUUGGUGACGUUUGCCAGAGUCGAUUCCGAGUUCCACAACUGGUGACACAAAGGAGCGAGGUAUCGGGCUGGAGGCAUGACCGUCGGGAUAAGUUUGCGCAGUGAGAGAAAGGUGUUUUCUAGGAUGACUGCGGCGAUGUCACCGACUUGUUCGUUCAUCUGAAGCAAUUUGAUGGCGACAGCGCCCCCCAAACUCUGUCCGUACAAGACGAUAUUGGUUUUCCUCAACUCUUUGUGAUUGCGGACAAAAUCGAGCGCGGUUUGUCCGUCGAUGGUUAAUCCGUCCUCAUCGGGGGAGCCUGUGGACUUCCCAUACCCUCGGUAUUCAACCAUGAAGACAUAACAACCAAGGCUUUCGGAGAGGACUUUUGCUAUCGGCAAACGAUGACCGACGUUGCCUGCAUUUCCAUGGAAUGUUAUAAGAGUGACAUUUUUUUUGACUGGAGGAUUUGUAGGACGGAGGAGGUAUGCAUGAAGGGUCUCGCCGUCUGGAGUAGGGAAAUGGAGGGAGUCGGCAUUGGUGAUACCGAAUUGGUUGGGAGAGGGAACUUCUGUUCUUGAACCAGCUGGUAGACUUGCUGGAUAGAUUAUAUCAUUCUGUUUGAAAUAGAGGAGGCUACUACCCAAGGCCGCAAUUCCAGA